AUGUUAUGGCAAGUUAACGGGGGCUUCUAUCACUUCUGGUACAACAAUUGGGUAGGCAGUGGUGCUUUAUUUCUCAGAUCGACAGUCAUCCCGGACCUCACUUUUGGGGACUUUGUCACAAAUGGAAAAUGGGAUAACCAAUUGCUAUCUCGGGCCAUACCACUAGGGAUCAUCCCCUCAAUCUUACAGCAAUCGAUACCUGAAGGUGGUCGUGCAUAUGAGGUUAUGUGGAUGCCGACAACAUCUAGGAAAUUCACGCUAGCGUCGGCUUUUGGUGAGGUUCGUCAAGCCUGCAACACUUUUGCUGUUCUAUCACAUGUCUGGCACCAUCGGUUACCAUUGAAGGUGUCCUUCUUCAUGUUACGACUAUUGAUGGGAAGGUUGCCGGUGCCGAAUGCACUAUGUCAGCUUGGUUUUCAAAUGCCAUCGAAGUGUCUUUGUUGUCGGAGCCCAUCGUGCAAAUCUAUUGAACAUGUGUUUGCGUUGGAGCAGGUUGCCAUGGAGAUCUGGGGAUAUUUUGGGGGGGGGGUGUGUAGAGUGACUGGUAUAGGGUCCUUACUGCGCGCUCGAAUAGGUGCAUGGUGGUUUGUUGAGCAGAAAUCGGAGAGGAGGCAUUUUUUGUUCUCAACUCUCCCUAGUUUCAUUUGCUGGCACAUCUGGAAGGCUAGGAAUAAAGCCGUUUUUGAAGGCAAACCAAUGCAGUCGAUAGCUAUUGUUCAGGCCAUAUUUAGGGAAGUUAAGAUGCUAGUGGAGAUUCAGUUUAAGGGCAAGGUUGGGGUCCAUACAUUUCAGCAAUUAUAUGAUUGGUCCUCUCAUCUAGCGUGCAUGUUUGGAUUCCAGUUGAUACGUUGGACAGUGCCGAAGGUUGGGAUGCUAACGCUGAAUACAGACGGUUGCUCAAAGGGCAACCCAGGUCAGGGCGGUGGUGGUGGAGUCUUGCGUGAUUCGUCAGGAAGUCCUCUAUUUGCUUUUUCAACUUUUCUGGGGGAUACCUCUAGUUUACAUGCGGAGACUAUGGCCCUUUUGCUUGGGCUCCGCGAAUGUGCCGAGAGGGGGUUUGGUAAUGUGGGCGUCCAGUUAGAUUUCUUGGUCUUGGUGGGGAUUCUAUGGAAGUAA